AUGGAUACCACCCCUGGUUUUGUUAACCGUCUCAAUAACCAGUCGUCUUUUAGCCUUGAUUCACCCGAACCAGUUUGGUUUAGUACAGAGCAGUCCAUACCCAUGGAUACACCCCCUGUUUCUGAGCAGUCUUCAAGCAAGGAGAGGAGGAAAUGGUCUAUCAAAGAGGAUAGAAUCCUCAUAAGCGCUUGGCUUAACACGAGUAAAGACUCUGUGGUCGGUAAUGAGCAGAAGGCGACUCAUUUCUGGAGGAGGAUUGUAGAGUACUACAACUCAAGCCCUCAGCUGGUCGGGACAAUACCGAGAGAGCUUGCGGCCUUGAGGGAGCAGAGAAGUGGGCAAAAUGAUGAUGACGUGAUGAAAGCUGCCCUCGAUAUCUUCUUCAAUGACUACUCCAUCAAGUUCACACUCGAGCAUGCGUGGAGGGAGCUGAGGCAUGACAAGAAAUGGUGCUCCGCCUUUCUCUCUAAGGACAAGCGUAAACAACCGGUAGAGGUUGAUGGAGAAGACGCGGUGGCAGCAGGAGAGGCUAGACCUAUAGGUGUCAAGGCUGCUAAAGCUUCUAUCAAGCGGAAGAAAAGUGGAAGAGAAGAGGAGUUGGAGAAGAUUCAAUGCAUUAUGGAAAUGAAAGAGAAGAUAUCUAAACGCAAAGUGCUUGAGCGUUUAAUUGCCAAAACUGAUCCACUAUCUGAGAUGAAAACAUCUUUAAAAAUGAAACUAAUGUCUGAAACGCUGUGA